CAGAGGUUGGUUAGAGAAGACACGUCUACCAUCUGGCUACCAUGGGUGUUCCUCUUUGGCUGAUUCUGUUUCUAUAUACUCUUCAAGAUGCGUCACCUCAACAGAGUGAUCCUUGUCAUAGCUACACUGUGCUGAACGACGACUGGAGGGUCACCACCACCCUGGACAGGUCAGUGAUAAGGUGCGACCAUCACGUCCAGUGGCAUGGUUGGUACCGCAUGUUCCACCAGGGGGUGAGCGUUCGCAUUCCUGAGAGCUGUGUACCUACGUUUCGGUGUAGCACGGACGCAACCCUGUGGCUAAACGCUCCGCACCCUCGCCCGGAAGAUGGCAUCGUUACCAGAGAGGUGUGCGGACACUGGGAGGGCGACUGCUGCUAUUACAAAAAACCAUCCAUCCAGGUGAAAGCGUGUCCAGGAAACUACACUGUUUACAAACUAGUUGACCCUGGGCACUGCUAUGUGGCAUAUUGUACAGAGCCCAGGACACAGUUCCAGCAGAGGUUGAGGCUGAAGAUGGCCCUUCAGAGGGAGCUCUCCCACGCUGAGAUGGCCCAGUUCACCUCACAGAUCAGGGAGAAGCUGAUUCAGAUGGGCUACCCGAGUGACAUCACAGUCAAGAUGGUGUGAUGCUUAUUCACCAGGGAAGGAAGAAGAAGGACCUCUGAUGGAGGGCCAACAGAAUGCCUGUUUCAUUGCACUGCCCAUAACCACCAUUGACCAUUAUUGUCCAUUUCUUAUUAACACAUACUAACAUUCUAACAAGGAUGCCUACUUAUUCCAAAUCUUCAGCAUGCAAAUGCACAUUUGUGAGGAAAUUUCUGUAUGAAACCUACCUGAUAUAAGGGAAUAGAAUGAUUUCAUAUGCAAUUGGAAAC